AAAUUCCAAGUUGAGGGUCACGCCCGGCCCCUCCUCCAUCUGCUGCUGCCCAGGUCACAGCCCUGUGCCCUGAGCCCCUUGGGCCACAGCCCCUUGCAUUUCACAUUGCAUAGACCAUCCCCUUGCAACCCCACAGUCCUAGCUGGAUGUGGCACAGGGCAGAUGGACUCUGAAGACCACUGCUACACCUGCUGGUCCCAGCCCCUUCCUCCUGGAAUUUCUCCGUGAACUUACCCAUUGUCUGUCUGUUGUCUGUGCGUCUGUUCUUCCCUUCUGGGAUGGGGGGGAGGGGGACUUAAUGAAAAUACAGUGGUGACCAGAUGGUGAUAUGUACUCCUAAGGUGAUUGCCACAAUUUCUCUCUCAGGCCCCCAAGCAGCCUGGAGCCUAAGGCUGAAGACAGCCUCAACUCACCCAGUGCCCAUCCCCUCAGCACGGAGUGUCCAGCUCUGGACACUGCCUUGGUCCAGCACCUGUACUACUGCAGCCGCCUCCUGCUGAAACUGGGCACAUUUGGGCCGCUACGCUGUCAGGAGGCAUGGGCCCUGGAGCGACUGCUGCGGGAGGCCCGAGUGCUCGAGGUGGUAUGCGAGCUUAGCAGGAGAUGGGAAAUCCCUGCUACUUCUGCCCAGGAAGUGGUGCAGUUCUCAGCCUCUCGGCCUGGCUUCCUGACCUUCUGGGACCAGUGCACAGAGGGACUUAGCCCCUUCAUCUGCCCUGUGAAGCAGGUGCUCCUCACCUUCUGCAAUCAGUACGGUGCCCGGCUCUCCCUGCGCCAGCCAGGCUUAGCUGAGGCUGUGUGUGUCAAGUUUCUGGAGGAUAUGCUGGGACAGAAGCUGCCCAGGAGGCCCCAGCCAGGCCCUGGCGAGCAGCUCACUGUCUUCCAGUUCUGGAGUUAUGUGGAAACCCUGGACAGCCCCUCCAUGGAGGCCUAUGUGACGGAGACCGCUGAGGAAGUGUUACUGGUGCAGAACCUGAACUCAGAUGAUCAGGCUGUUGUGCUCAAGGCCCUGAGGUUGGCACCUGAAGGGCGGCUACGAAGGGACGGGCUUCGGGCCCUCAGCUCCCUGCUCGUCCAUGGCAACAACAAGGUCAUGGCUGCUGUCAGCACCCAGCUCCGGAGCCUGUCGCUAGGCCCUGCCUUCCGGGAAAGGGCCCUACUGUGCUUCCUGAACCAACUCGAGGAUGAGGACGUGCAGACGAGAGUGGCUGGCUGCCUGGCCUUAGGCUGCAUCAAGGCUCCUGAGGGCAUUGAGCCCCUGGUGUACCUGUGCCAAACGGACACAGAAGUCGUGAGGGAGGCUGCUCGGCAGAGCCUGCAACAGUGUGGGGAAGAGGGACAGUCUGCCCACCGACGGCUAGAAGAGUCGCUGGACGCCCUGCCCCGCAUCUUCGGGCCCGGCAGCAUGGCCAGCACGGCCUUCUAAACUCCCCACACACUGGCUCUCAGUGCCACAUCCCCCCACUUUCAGGGCUCACCAGGUGGCAGGGAGGGUGAGGGCUGGUUCCAGACACCCCUCCCCCAUGUAUUCCUAUCCAUGAAAAUCUAAUAUAUUCUUCAGUUGCCCUUGGGGUUGGUAGAGUCAGUGCCUGCAGU